AUGUGGAGAUCAACCGUAGGCGUUAAGCCUCCUGUACCUGUUAAACCAGCGCAAGCUGAUGAUGAUGAUUGGGACACCGAUCCAACGUUUGAGAAUGAUCUCACAGAAAAAGAAGCUCGUUGGGGAUCUAAAACAGUUGAAGGAUCAGGUCAUCAAGGUAGUUUCAGUUUGGAACAGUUCCGAAGAGAGGCUUUGGAUUCCGAUAAGCUUAAUCAGGAGAAGAAGCUGGCCACUAUGCCCAAGCCAAGUGAGGGUUAUGGUGGCAAAUUUGGUGUUCAAACUGAUCGUAUGGACAAAGCUGCUGAAACAUUUGAUUACAAGGGUCAAGUGUCAGCUCAUGCUUCUCAAAAGGAUUAUGCAGUGGGCUUUGGUGGAAAAUAUGGAGUUCAAGCUGACAGAAAAGACAAAUCAGCUGUCGGUUGGGAAGACCGUGAGGCUCUAUCAAAGCAUGAAAGUCAAAGAGAUGCCGCCGCGGGGUACGGAGGUAGAUAUGGAGUUCAAACUGAUAGAAAAGAUAAAUCGGCUUCUGGUUGGGAUGAGAAGUCUGAACUUUCCAAACAUGAAAGUCAGAAAGAUUACGCCAUUGGUUUCGGCGGUAGGUUUGGCAUCCAAAAAGAUCGUCAAGACAAAAGCGCCUACGGGUUUCAUGAGAGAGCAGAUCUUGCUUUACAUGAGAGUCAGAAAGAUGCCGCUUCUGGAUAUGGAGGAAAGUUCGGAGUUCAAGCUGAUAGACAAGACAAGUCUGCCGUUGGAUGGGGGGAGAAAAGCCAAGUCAAUCCUCAUGAAAGCCAAACUGACUACAAGAAAGGCUUUGGUGGCAAAUUUGGUAUCCAAGAAGACAGAAAAGACAAGUCUGCUGUUGGAUGGGAGGAACAGACUGUUCUUCAUCAACACGAAAGUCAAAAAGAUUACAAAAAAGGAUUCGGCGGUUCUUUUGGUGUUCAACAAGAUCGUCAAGAUAAAUCAGCUGUUGGUUUCGAGUAUCGCGAACAGUUAUCAAAACACGAGAGUCAGAAGAAUAACACAUCUUACACUGCUAAGGAUAAUCAAACUCGUGCGAAUGACCCUCAUGAGAGCCAAGCUGCCCCAGCCGUUAAGGAAUAUGUGCCUGAAAAGGGGAGAGCAUCUGGACUUAAAGCGAGAUUCGAACAAAUGAACUUGUCAAGUGAUCAAGAUAAGGUUGCUGCUGAGCGUGAGCGAAGAAAGCAAGAAGACGAAGCACUGAGGCAGAAGCAAGCGCGAGAGGAAGAAGAGAGGCAGAAGAAGAUUGAGGCUACGUGGAAGCAACAAGAUGAUCGAGGAGAUGUUGAACCAGAACCACAUAGGGAGCCUCAAGUGGUUCCCACUACAAAAAGAUCAGGCCCUGUUGCGGGAGCUGUUCAAAUUCCCGGUUUCUCAGCUGCAGCAGCUACCCCAAGCCAAAUUCAACCGGUACGAGCUGCAUCUCCCCCAAGUGCACCAAGAGAAGAGCCCCCACAACCCAUUCCUGCUCCCGUCGCCGUUCUACCACCCAUCGGAAGCGGAACCGUUCUUAAACCUCCAGUUCGUCAGCCUUCAACGGAUGAUGAAGGUGUGAACGACGCUGAAUGGGAAGAAGCGGACAAACCAGUUAACAUAACCCCUGUAAGACCUACUCAACCCCUUGAACAGUAUGAUGUUGUGCCUUCCGAAGAGCCAGCACCUGUCACUUUGCCACCUUCUCUGCCGACUUCUCUUCCUCCUCAGUAUGACUUUGUUCCCUCGGAAUUGCCUUCCUCAGCUUCAAACGUACCUCCACCCGCUCCUGCAGUAUAUGGGGACAAGUACGAUGAAGUGCCCAGUGAUAUGAUGGGAGGUCAACCUGUGGGAGAAAGAUAUGACUGUGUCCCAGGAGACUAUACAGAUACACCAGUCUUAACUGGAUCAGCUCAUGCUCCCCCACCUCCUGGUCCUUCAUCUACGAAAGGUGGUCUGACAGCAAUCGCCUUAUACGACUAUCAGAAGCAAGAUGAUGACGAGAUCAGUUUUGAACCGGAUGACAUCAUUAGAAACAUAGAGCAGAUUGACGCUGGAUGGUGGAGAGGACAGUGCAACGGACAGUAUGGUCUGUUCCCGGCUAAUUAUGUACAAUUACAAUAA